AUGAUGGGUCUAACUUCCAUUCUUCUCCUUCUUGUGGCUACAUCGACGGCUGCAGUCCUCGAACAUCAAUUAGUAUGGAAGGAGUCUCAGAUGAUUCAAUUGAUUAGAAAUGGAGAAUAUCCCGCCUAUCUGGAUUUUCGUGAUAGAAUGGUCUCGGCACGAUCCUCUAAUUUGGCUACCGUAGUCCAGAGUGCCACAGAUUAUGUUUAUUACGAGUACAUGGGAAAUAUCACAGUUGGAACUCCUGAUCAAAACUUCAUUGUCGUUUUGGAUACUGGUUCAGCAAAUCUCCUGAUUCCAGGAACUAAUUGCACAACAUAUUGCGAGAAAAAAAGAUUAUUCAAUGAGAAAGAGUCAAAUACUUAUAUUGCUACAAACAAACCAUGGCAGAUCAAGUACGCCAGUGGUGAUGCUUAUGGAACUUUGGGUAUUGAUACUGUCAAAAUUGGAGGAAGUUUUGAACCCCAACUCGCUAUUCCUAACUCUUACCUUGGAGUAGCUGAUACAGUUGGAUCUGAUUUCAAAUGGAGCCCAAAAGAGGGAAUCUUCGGAUUGGCGUUCACUGCCCUUGCAGUCGAUAAUAUCACUCCGCCACUAAUCAAUGCAAUUAAUCUUGGACUCCUUGAUCAGCCAAUUUUUACUACAUGGUUCGGUCAGAGAGGUGCACCUGGAACAUCUGCUAGUGGAGCAUUCACCUAUGGAGCUUUGGAUAAGAAUCAUUGUGGACCAGUCAUUGGAUACGCCACUGGAUUCUCCCUCGGAUCAUAUGUCUCUACCACGACUUAUGAAGUCAUCACAGAUACCGCCACGUCAUUUUUGUGUGGACCACAAGCAGCUAUUGAUGGUCUGGCCAAGGCAGCAGGAGCUACUUGGGACCGAACGAAUCAAGUCUUCAAUAUUCCAUGCAAUGCAGACGCUGGACCAAUCAAAAUGAAAAUUGGAGGUUUCAAUUAUGUCAUUCGAGCAAACAACUACAUUCUACAGAUUGACACGAACUCCUGUCUCUUUGCUGCUAUCCCUCAGUCAUAUGCAGGAUUUGGACCUGCUUGGAUUCUUGGUGGACCUUUUAUGAGACAAUACUGUAAUGUACAUGAUAUCGGACAGAAACGUGUUGGUUUUGCCUUGUCUCUUCAAUAA